AUGGCUGAUCAAACGCCAAUGGCGAAUGGCGCUGACAUUUUGCGGCCACCAUCGGCUCCAUUAUCAACGACUUAUUCGGCACAGUCAACCCACCCGCCGGGAUUUCCUUGUAUGAAAUGCAAGACAAAGCACAAGCGCUGUGAUCGCACUAGACCAUCCUGCCAGUCCUGUCAGAGCUUGGGCUUUGAAGCAGAAUGCAUAUAUCCUUCCGUGGCCUUACCAGUUACCGAGAACAAAAGUGCCGAGGACGGAAUCACCAAGAAGACUGGUGCUCCAUUUUCAGUGCCAGUGUUCAAUAAUGACUCUGUUUUACCCACAACGGGCGACAAAAGACCAAGAGCUACAAACAGUCCUUCUGAACGGACCGAGCUUGUCAAUGAUGUGGUUGGAUCAACCAUCCCACAUGAUUUCAGCCAUGCUCAGCAGACGCAGAUACCCCAGCAGCCUCCUGCGAAACGGCAAAAGAUAUCUGAACUUGGCUCUGGAGCUGCCGCUAAGCGAUCUGCGUUGGAACAGGACCAAAACACACCAUUUAGCACCGGUAUGCCCAGUGAAAGUAGACCGGCUCCUCCACUGCGUAGCAUAUCUCCUACUCUGCCUCAAGAUGAGAUGGAGCUCCGAUGCAACUUGACUACCGAAAUCAACGUUCAGAGAACGAAACAUCGCAAUCUUGCAGCAGGCCCUUUGCGCAACAUCGUCAAGCUACUCAUGAAAGCUAAGACUGAACGCCCAACCACUGAACCCACGAUUGCUGGAUCGAGUGCCACACCAUUGAAUAACGAGUGGCGUGAAGAAGAUGAUCUCAUGCAAAAUGCAACAAUCAAGCUGGAAAAGGGUGGUCGAUGCUCCCGUGCUCUUCUCAGCCGCUUUGAGAACUUCUUAUAUGGCCCAUUGAUGAGCCCCGAGGAUAAGAAGAUGCAAGAGCGUAUCAUAUGCGUCGAAGAGUGCUUGUCAAGUGCAUCGGCGGCUCCAACAUCCGAUCACAACCACCUGUUCCUCCAUCGACUAAAAAGAAUCAUAUUUAAUCCUGAUACCUAUGGCUUGGACAAGGAAGACCCACGUAUCGGCUUCCUCGGCGCCCAGCUUCUUGCAGCGAUAGGGGCCAACUCGAAGCUGAGCCCUUCAACCCGUAGGAAAUUUGCGGAGCUUUUAGACCCAGAUGGUGGGAUUACCAAUGUCAGCACGGGUAGUCUAGGUGUCAAAGCAGAAACUCUGAUCUCAACAAGGAAGGUGCCACCCAAGUCUACGUCUCCACGCGUGCCUUCCUCGCACACGCCAGAGACACCCUCAAGAGCAACAAUAACCCAUAAAGAAAACUCUGUCACCUCCAUCUCUCUUUCAAUCACCCAUCCUUCUCUUUUCCCCUCUCGUUCUUCAUCUUCACCCACAUCGCCUGUGGAACGCAUUCAUUUGACUGACGCCACCAUGCCGUCGUCCGAUCCUUUCAUCCGGCCUAAGAGGCAUGUUCCUUCUGGCAGGCAGUCGUCGCAAUCUAGCGACACUGCGUCGCUUUCCAUCGAGCCGGCAUCCAAGAAACGUCCUGCUUCUGGCGGCCAGUUUAACGACAUGGCUGCCCCGGCUUCCAAACGUGCUGCUUCUAGAACCCAGUCCUCGAACCCCAACAAGAUGACCACUCCGGCUCCUAAGCGUGCUCCUUCUGGCACCCAGUCGUCGGGCCGUGACAACAUCAUUGCACCACCUCAUUUGCGUUCUCCGUUUAACUCCGAAGUCCCAAAGAAACUUUGGAAUAUCUUCCUUGCCAAGCAGGCUCAUUUUAUUCCAAUCCUUGAUCUAGACAAACUCAAAGUCACUUUCGCCCUGGCAUUGAACCACGGCAACCUUGAACCUAAGAGUAUUGAUCCGACCCUCGGCCUCUGCCUCGCAAUUGCAUGUGUCCUCAUUGGCGAUGAGGACCCCUCAGAGCCCCGGAAAUGGUACGAUGCUGCUACAUCUCGCAUUCCUGUGACUCUGGGCUCUCAGUCGUCGCUUCAAUAUUUCCACCAACAGAUACUCCGAACCCAGUAUCUUCAUAUGGUCGGACAUCUGAGACUGGCCUGGGAAACCCUGUCCCUUUCUAUUGCCAGAGCACAGCCACUUCGGAUCCAAACCAUGCACGGUGGGCGCCUCGCCGUCGACAAGCAAUCCUUGCAGCAGGUGCGCCUAGUAUGGCAGUUUCUGUGGAUGCAGAAACUUUCUCUCACCCUCCAGCUUGGAAUUGUUGAUCAAUACCUCGAUACCUUCUAUGAUCUGCCAAUGCCGCUGCAGUCGCUGAUUGAGAACAACAUGGGAGGUGACCAGAGCAACCGACGCCUCGCGGCAUAUUCUUUCUUCGUUGCUUCCGCCUCACUCUACAAACACACAGAUCAGCUCAUCACUGUCGAAAACAACCUACGUGUGACUCGUAUGGAAUGCCCCAUUAAAUGGCUUUCUGUCGUGGACCUAAGUGGUUUCCAGGAUCUCAAUCGAAAUCUGUUCAGCUGGAACCAUGGCCUACCCGAAUUUCUGAAAUGGAAGGGGUAUAGCAUCGAUUUGACAUUGGAGGAAGACUUGGUUAUUCGUCGCAUGUCCCUUGUUACUCAUAUGCGAUACAAUUACUUCCGGCUGCGCCAGUACCGCCCUUUCUUUGUCUUGUGCCUACGACUUUCCUACUCGUGCACUUGUGAAAUGACUCCUCAUAUAGCUGGCAAGAACGUGGAUUCUGUGAAUUCGGAUCCGUUUCUUAGCCUGGUUCAGGAUGGUGCCAUAAAAUGCAUCGCUGCCGCCCAGGGCAUUGUUAAGACUUUAUGGACAUCCUUCAACCAGGAGGAUGAUGAAGAUUCGAAGUUUGAGCAGCUUGACCAUCUCUAUGCCGCUGCUCUCAUCCUGAUUGCCUCGCACAGCUUCCCAAUCGGUUGGAUACAGCGAGUUGAAACUGGUGGCACCGCUAGGUCGGCUACAACAAUAAGGACACAGUUCUGUCGAGCUCAGGGCCUUCUUCGCAUGUAUGAGGAAUGCUGUGCAAUGGUGCCAAAGUUGGGACGGCGAAUUGGACGAGCUCGGUCCAUGCUGGACCAGCUUAACGACGUACUCAUGGUGUCCGGCGGAGAUUCAUUUCCCGUGAUUGCUGACAAUGACGUACAGCUUGUGCGUAUCAUAUGGCACCAACUGUAUGACCGACUCGGGCUGGAUGUGCCCUUUCCACGUUUCCCGGAAGAUGCUUGUUCGGAAGAUUCCACCGCUUCUGGCCGUCGACUGACUUUCGGGUGGAUCGAGAGUAUUCCCGUUGACCUGGAUGUCGUGGAGAAGUAA